CCCGCCCAAAGCAUGCAGUGCUCGUCGUGCCUGGUGGCGGCCCUGAGCUGCGUCCUGGUGGCCCUGGGGCUGCUGCUCCUGUGGCUCUACGGCCACACGCCGAGCCGCUACGGGAAGCACGCCGAGGAGGCGGGCGAGGAGGGGCGGCGGCGGCGGCAGCGGCGCCGCCUCCACCUGCCCGCCCGCUGCGCCUGGUUCCUGCAGGAGCUGCCCGCUUUCCUGGUGCCCGCGCUGCUCCUGGCGCUGCGCAGCCCGCCGCGCUUCGCGCCCCUCGGCUGCCGGCUGCUGGGCGGCAUGUUUUGCGGCCACUACUUCCACAGGACAUUCAUUUACUCAUUCCUCACAAGAGGCAGACCUUUCCCGUUGCAAACACUACUUUAUGGCAUGCUGUUCUGUGUCUAUAACGGCUUCCUUCAGGGUUACUACAUGGUUUACUGCGCUGAAUACCCAGAUGACUGGUACAACGACAUAAGGUUUACAUCAGGUAUUUUGUUGUUUUUGUGCGGAAUGGGCAUCAAUAUUCACAGUGAUUUCCUGCUACGCCAGCUAAGAAAACCUGGGGAGCACAUUUACAAGAUUCCACAAGGAGGACUAUUUGCAUAUGUGUCUGGAGCAAACUUUUUUGGUGAGAUACUGGAAUGGUUUGGCUAUGCAAUAGCAACCUGGUGCCUACCAGCUUUUGCCUUUGCGGUUUUUACAGUGUGCUUCGUUGGGCCACGUGCUUAUCAUCAUCACAGGUACUACCUAAGAAAAUUCACAGGCUACCCAAGAUCAAGAAAAGCCUUGAUUCCUUUUGUAUUCUAA